AUGGUUGGAGGUUACUCAGAGUCCCCAUUACUGGCGGAGACAAUGCGGGAGAAAUUUCCACGACUGACAAUCAUUGUUCCAACUGACGCCGGUCUUGCUGUCCUAAAGGGAGCUAUCAUAUUUGGGCAUUUACCGACUUCCAUUAGUGAAAGAGUAUCCAAGUAUACAUACGGCGUAAGUAGCUGUGUACCUUUCGAUAAGGACAAACAUCCUAUAGAAAGGCUUAUCACAACAGGUCUUGGUGACGCGUGGUGCGAUACCAAUUCGCGUAUUUUUGGAAUUGGAAAGGGUAUCGCAUUCAAAAAAGCCAAGUCGAGUCAAUUUCUGCAGGCUGAUUUCGCAGAAUUUAAAAAGGGACGACACAAGAGCAAGAAACAGAAGCAGCAAAAUUCCACUCUCUUCGCGCUCAUCUUCAGGCUCGAGGAUGGACUCAGACUUCCGAUUUGGAGCCAACUAUGUGAGGCUGGAGGUUGGACAACGGACUAUACGUUCCAGUGA